CGAGUUAACGGUCAAAUACAUGUAGUAUAAGUUGUACGCGAAUCCAGUUGGAUUUACGCCCAACGAAAAAGUGACUCGUGUCGACUCCCAAACAAACACCGAACACUUCCCCUUUCUACUCUCCUCGACCCGACUCGGAACUCCGCAGAGAUACUGCCGCCAUUGCCCUCUGAGAGAGCCGUCGUAAAAAAAUGGCGAACGAUACCAAAGCAGUGCAUGUUAGCAUGGAGCCUGAGGUGGCGCAUAAUAUCUCCGCCACCGUGGAAGGCCAGGACAUCUCCGUCUAUGACGAUGUGCGGGCUCUUCACGACGUCGUUCAAGGUCUGCCUUCACACGUCAUGAAGGACUUGCUGUCCAUCGGGGUAUGUGCCCGGUGCAUCUUUCGGCUGUUUGGGAUACGUGGAAACAUAUAUUCUUGCUCCUUCCUCUCAUCUUCGAUGUUGAGUUCAGUUCUUGGAGAACAAAGACAUGCGGAUGAAGACAUGGUAGACAUUGGUUCUGAAGAACAUAAAAACCCAAUCAGUCUGCCUGCUUCUGAGGUAUCAGAAGUUGAUGCUGUACUUUGUACCCUUUGUUUAGGUAUCUUGCAGUUUACCUAUUGCGAUGAUAAAGAACUGGUGGUGAAAAAAAGUGCCAAAGAUAUGGCUGUUGCUAUUUCUGAGCUGCUAAGGCGAGAGUGGCAUCAGAUUGAUAGCUUUUCUCUUGAAGUAUCCAUACCUCCAAUUGUCCUUGAAAAUGAAAGCUCAGUUUGGUUGUACAUGAAAAGAAAGUAUGGGUCUGAACUUUGUUUCCAAGGGAAGUUACUGUCUCAACGUAUAUCUACUGUGGAAGCCUUAAUAUUGUGUUUAGCAAAACCUCUUGAAACAUUGUUGGAUUGUAAAUCAGGUGCAAGUGAUAUCCGCAUCUGUUUGACGUUCACGCACUCUAAGGCAUUGAAAAUGGUUCAUAGCGUUGCAGUGAGCAAACAUGGUUGCAAGAGAACAAAAACAGGCAUCGAAAACUGUAUAGACUCCAUUGAUGAUUCUGUAGUUGGAGACAUCGAAUGCUCUGAUUUGGCUGGUGUGACCAUUCAAAGGUCUUUUGGUGGUUCGCAGGAUAAUGGAUCUUCUCAGAGUCUCAAAUUUCCUCCAGAAAAAGUUGAAGCCUGUCAUCUGGUGUUUCUUUGCUACAGGAACCCUAUCUUUUUUGGUGGGAGAUACCUGAAGUACUCGAGAAAUGUGAGUCAAACACGAUGGAUCAUUGAUGAUGAAAGAAAGGGAGAAGCAUCUGUUGAGGAGAUAGUUGGUGGCAUCAUCCUUCCUAUGUGUCAGGGUGACAAUUAUAAGUUUCAUGCUGCUGGAAGAGAGGAUAUUGAUGUUCGGAUGUUGGGUUCAGGUAGGCCUUUCCUGGUUGAGAUACAAAAUGCCCGCCAUAUACCAUCUGAGGCAUUUGUGAAAGAAAUAGAAACAAAGAUAAAUAACUUGGAAAAUAAAUUGGUUGAAGUAAAAAAUUUGAAAGCUGUUGGCAGCCAAGGGUGGGACCUGAUGCGUGAAGGAGAAGCAGAGAAGCAGAAACAAUAUGCUGCAUUAGUGUGGAUUUCACGCCCACUCAAGGAUGAAGACUUGGAGUCUAUUGCCUCAUUCAAGGACAUGAAAGUUUUGCAGAGGACCCCAAUAAGGGUGCUUCAUCGUCGGAGUCCACUAGAACGGGAAAAGAUAAUACAUUGGAUGAAAAUUGAGAAGAUUGCUGGAAGUAAUCAUUAUUUUCUUUUACAUUUAUGCACUCAGGCUGGAACAUAUAUCAAAGAGUUUGUCCACGGGGAUCUUGGCCGUACACAUCCUAGUGUUGGAUCACUCCUAGGUUGCAGAGCAGAGAUACUGCAACUUGAUGUUACAGAUGUGAAAAUGGACUGUUUCUGACAGAAUGAGGAACUGAGGUUUAUUGGGCAUCUGUUCUGUUAGUGAUACAAAUGGCCUUCUACAAUUAUUCUCUAAUUCUGAAAUCAACUGCGACUAGUCUCUUCUUUUACUGCUCCGCUUGGUUCUUAGCUGUGUAAUUGGUUUCAUUCCCUCUUUGAGCCUGAGGUAAGUGGGCAUGUGGCUAAUACUUGUUGAGAUUUAAUUUAUCCUCUCUUAUCGGUUUAACCUUUUGGAAUAAACAGUGAUUUAGUAUGUCAAAGAGAUAAAUUUAAUAGUUUGCUUAUGUUCAACCAUUACUUCCAAAACGAAAACCUUCUGGUCGGUAUUAUCCUUUCUUUCAUGGACACUUGCUAUUUGCAUAUUGUAAACAGUGCUGAAGUUUUGUAAAUUUUUCUGAUA